AACGGAAGUGCCGAAAGUGUGGAUACCUUGGACUACGAACCGCCCCCGGUGCUGCCACCGCGGCGCCCGCCCUGGCCGUUCAACAGCCCGAGCAGCACCGCCUCGAGGUACAUCGGGCAGCGCACCAGCACCACCAUCGCCACCACGUCCCCGUUGACAUCGACGGCGGCUACGACGACUACCACGUCGACGACGUCACUGACAACGACGCUAGUACCGGCGCCGUCCGCCUCCCAAGGCUCAACGACCUCCUCGUCUGCGCGAGUGUCGCCGCAGCCGCCACCCUUGACGCCGCCCCAGUAUCCUGCGCCUCCACGGCCCCCUAGUCGAAACGGUGGGGAUGAAGCGCGUGUCGCGAGGGCGAGAGGAAGCGGACGCGGAGCAUUACCGAGCCUCAUCCUCGCUAAUGGAACGCCCUUGUCGAGAGUGCCACCACCUCGCGCGGGCUGGGCAGUGCGGAUCAACGAGGCGACACUUACUACCCCGAGUCAGUCAAGUCAUUAUCAACAGCAGCAGCAGCAGCAGCAGCCGCAGCAGCAGCAGCAGCAGAAGCAGCAGCAAGAGCAGCGGAAGCAGCAUACAUCGAGUCCAGGUACACCGAGAGCCGUCGAACAAUGGGCUAGCGAGCGAGCAGCGUCGUCGGCUUUGUCGGUUCGUCGUCCAACAUCACCAUCCUCGCCAGAAACAACAGGGAGACCGGGAACAGGAUCGUCGAGAAGGAUCCUCUCGUCGUCGAGUCGAGCUAGACCGGGGGGCAGAGGAGGAGGUGGAGGAGGAGGUGGAGAAGAAAGAGGUAACGCAGAGAUCGGUAACGGUAUCCAUUUGGCGAACCACUGGCAGGAGGAAGAAGAGCUGGAGGCGAAGAAGAAGGAGGAGCACCGGAAGCGUUGCGUGGACGCAGCGGCGCGUUGCUGCCAAGCCGAGCAUCUUGAACUGAGAGGUCGGCCGAUGUCGCAGAACAAUGCGAUCGCGCCGCUCUCGCGGCCACCCUCUUCGCAGACGAACGCGAACGCCGCAGCGUCGAACGGACUAGACAGCGCCGCCAGCGGUGCAACCGGAAACGGGAACGCCGGCGCGUCCAACGAUGCCGCGAAUAGUAAUAACAGCAACAACAGCAACGCCGACGACGGAGACGCGCACUCGGUGCAGCAGCAAAACGCGAGCGGCCGCGUGCACGACCACAAUCGGCCAUUUCCGCCGCCGAGAUUACCCGGCGUGCACGUCGCCACCACCUCGGUCGCGCCUCUGGCGGCAGCAGCCGCACCGUCGAAUCCAAGAGUAUUGGUCACCGCUCCUCUCAGUCCGCUCUCGAGCACGUUCAGGAGCAGACCGAGAAACGUGGACACGUCGGCGAACGAGACGACGGCACGGGGACUGCUGUCGAACGACACGCCACCUAGGAGCCCGAUCAGCGAGGUGAGCCUGACGGUACCCCGACCGGACGGAGAGAGGGCGAUCAACGAGUACGUGGAGGCGCCGUUCAAGCAUAACCAGGAGCGCCGUUACGACGACGAUAACAAGAACUUCGCUGCAGAUUGCGCGAAGAUCGAACGAAGAACGCAUCACCAUCACCACCAUCACCAUCAUCAUCAUCACCAUCAUCAUCGUCUGAAGGACGUUACGGACGCGUCCGUGGCGGCCACGCAUCGACUGCACGCGAGCAGGACUCAAGCGUUUCGGGGUUUGAUCGCGAGCGGGACGAACGCGGCCGCGUCCGCUGGCGCGAUCGCCGCGAAUGCAGCGCCACCGAACGCCGUGACCAAGCAGCCGGUCUCGUUCACCAAGGAACCGGCCAAUAACCUCGCCUCUAGAACUUACGAUCCGGCCGGUUUGUCGAUAAUGUGCAAUUUCUGCGGUCGAUGUCGUUGCGAGUCUUGUCGGGAACCGCCGCCGUUGCCCAGCAAAUGGUUGUGCGACAACAAGUGCUUCUGCUCCGCUGACACGAUCCUCGAUUACGCUUCUUGUCUGUGCUGCGUGAAAGGACUGUUUUAUCAUUGCGUGGACGGCAGCGGGAGCGGAGGGAUCGACGGAGAAGCGGCCGGUAGCUGCGCGGACGAGCCGUGCUCCUGCACGGGUAACAGAAGGGCAUCCAGAUGGGCAUGUCUCGGCGCCUUAACCCUCGUCAUGCCAUGCUUGUUGUGCUACUGGCCGUUCAAAGGCUGCGUCGCGCUCUGCGAAAUGUGUUACGCUCGUCACGCCGCCCAGGGAUGCAGAUGCAACCCGAACACGAUCGGUAACGCUGGGAACAACAGGCAUCAUCCGAUCGCCAACGAUAUCGGGGACUCGAGGGAUCCGGAGAAAAGGUUGCUCGACCCGGUCACGCCGGAACUCUAAUAGGAAACCAAGUGGUCCGGUCGGUGGGUGAUCAUCGAAGCGAGUUACCAUACCGACCCGACACGGAUUCGUCGUCGGUCUCCCGCGGAGGGAGACACGAGCAGGCUCUGCGGGUUAUCGAGAGAGGGAGCAAAAUGAAAAUUGCAUUAAGUACAAGAGUUGCAUUUAAGUCGAGAGAAAACGAUAUCGAAGAUUCUGACGAAUUUCUACGUUUCACGUCGCGAGUGUUUUAUUUAUUAUUCUUCCAUGCGCGCGCGAAAGCGAAGCGAGCGAGAGAGAGAGAGCGAGAGAGAGAGAAAGAGUACGAACGUACGAAUGUAAGAUCACGCGAGAGUGAGAGAGAGAGAGAGAGAGUAUAGAAAAAUGGUCACGAGUGAGGAAGAAGACGCGAGAUGGCAAGGGACGCGAGAUAGGUUAUAGAAAGAUGGCGGAGAAAGGGCGAGAAAGAUGACAUAGUACGCGAGCGCGCGUAUUAACGCAGAGACAUACCACUUACGUAUAGAUAGGUCUAUACACGAUAAAAUAUAUAAAUAGUACGCGCACACACAGGGAGUGAGUGCGAGCGUGACCAAGCGAAUGCGUGGAACGUGCGAGAACGAGCGAGCAAGUGGGAAAGAGAGAGAGAGCGAGCAAGCAAAUAGACGAACCACUAAAGUAUAUUAAACGCGAGCACGUGUACGCGCGUGUACACGCGUUCCUGCCGUUGCUUUGCUCGAAGCGCGUGUACACGCGUCUACGCUUAGGUUAUAGGUUAUGUAUAUUGUAUAUUACAUUUGUAUAAAGAAGAAACUUUUCUACGGUUAAUUUAUUCGUGGCUGCAUCGCCAAGUAACACAUAGAGUUUCACAGUAGGAGCACGACACGGAGAAAGGGCGAGAUGUUUGAUCAGCAGGCCGUGAAAGAAUUCGGAAGGCGUCCCGGCCGACUGGACUCGAUUAUUUUUCGAAACCGAUCCAGUCGCUUACACCGCGCCGGUUUGAAAACGCGCGUAAGAACCGAAGAUGAAGAACGAUAUAUAUAUAUUGUAUAUAUAUGUAU